AUGACAGUUCAGAACACAGUUCCUUACAAUUGUAUUAUUGAAAACGGUGCUCAUGUAAACCACAAUGAUACAGACAGGUGGAUGGUUCUGCACUCUGCAGCUGUUUAUGGUGAACCUGAUUUAGUUGAACAAAGUACUGAAUUAAAGGAUAAUGACGGGAGGACAGCUCUACACUUCGCGGUGGAAAAUAGUGAAACUAACACCGUAAAAUGUUUAGUCGAACUUGGUGCAGAUGCAAAUAGCAAGGAUAACGUCGGGUGGCCAGUUCUUCACUCUGCAGUCGCUCAUCGUGAACCGGAGAUUGUUAAAUAUUUAAUCGAACAUGGUGCUGAUGUUAAUUGCAAGGAUAAUGACGGAUGGACAGUUCUGCACUAUGCUGUUAGAAAAGGUGUGCCUGGCAAUGUUAAACAUUUACUCGAACAUGGUGCUGAUGUAAGUGGAGAGGAUAAUAAAGAGUGCACAAUUUUGCACUAUGCUGUUGAAGGAGGUGAAAUUGAUAUUGUAAAAUCUUUAGUUGAACAUGGUACUGAUGUAAAUGCCAAAAAUGCUAGUGGGAAGACAAUUCUGUACAGCGCUGUUGAAAAAGGGGAACCUCAUAUUAUCGAUUAUUUAGUCAUGCAUGGAGCUGAUGUGAAUGGAAAGAAUAAUGAUGGGCGGACAGCUUUACACUAUGCUUUUGAAAAGAGUGAACUUAAUAUUGUUAAAUAUUUAGUUGAACAUGGUGCGGAUGUGAAUAGCAAGAAUAAAAGCGGGUGGACAGUUCUCCACUACUCCGUUGAAAGAAGUGAAUUUGACACUAUAAGAUAUUUAGUUGAACACGGCGCUGAUGUAAAUAGCAAAACUAUUCUGGGGUGGAAUGUUUUGCGCUUCGCUGUUAAAAAAGGAAAACCUGAUAUUAUAAACUAUUUAAUCGAACAUGGCGCGAAGGUAAAUGACAAGGCUGUUUGCGGAAUAACAGUGCUGCACUAUGCUGUUGAAAUAGGUGAACUAAACAUUGUAAAAUGUUUAGUUGAAAAUGGUGCAGAUGUUAAUGGCAAGGAUAGCGAUGGGUGGACCGCUUUGCGGUAUGCUAUUGAAGAACAUAAAUUCGACGCUGUAAAAUACUUAGUUGAACAUGGCGCUAAUGUGAAUAACAGGAAUACUCGCGGUCGGACAAUUUUGCACUUUGCAAUUGAAAGAGGUGAGCCUGGCAUUGUUAAUUAUUUAGUUCAACAUGGCGCUAAUCUAAAUAGAAAAACUGCUAGCGGGUGGACGGUUCUGCACACCGCUGUUGAGAAAGGUUCAGCUGGCAUUGUAAAGUGUUUAAUCGAACAUGGUGCUGAUGUGAAUGGUAAAGAUAAUGAAGGGCGAACGGUUCUGCGUUCUGCAAUUAUAAAAGGUGAAUCUGAAGCUGUGGAAUGUUUAGUUAAACAUGGUGCUGACGUAAACGAGAAGAAUGCUAACGGAAGGACGGUUCUGUGCUCUGCUGUUGAAAAAGGUAAACCUAAUAUAGUUAAAUAUUUAGUUGAGCAUGGUGCUAAUGUGAAUAGCAAGGAUAAUGAUGGGCGGACAGUUCUCCACUAUGCUGUUGAAAAAGGUGAAUUUGAUAUUGUGAAAUAUUUAGUCGAACAUGGUGCUAAUGUAAAUGGCAAGAACAAUAUUGGCUGGCUGGUUCUGCACUAUGCUGUUGAGAAAGAUGAGCCCGACAUUAUUAAAUAUUUAGUCCAACGUGGUGCUGAUGUAAAUAGCAAAACUAUUCUUGGGUGGACAGUUCUGCGUGUUGCCAUUAAAAGUGGCAAACCGGCUACUGUAAAAUUUUUGUGCGAACAUGGCGCUGGUGUAAAUGACAGAGACAAUGACGGGCGAACAGUUCUUCACGCUGCUGUCGAGAGAGGAAAACUUGAAAGUGUAAAAUGUUUAAUCGAACAUGGCGCUGAUGUAAAUGACAAAGAUAAUGACGGGCGAACAGUUCUUCACACUGCUGUCGAGAGAGGAAAACUCGAAAGUGUAAAAUGUUUAAUUGAGCAUGGCGCUGAUGUAAACAGCAAGGAUUAUGCCGGGUGCUCAGUUUUGCACUCUGCUGUUGAAAAAGGAAAACUCGACAGUGUAAGAUAUUUAGUUGAACAUGAUGCUGAUGUGAAUAGCAAGGAUAAUGACGGGUUUACAGUCCUGCAUUAUACCCUUGGAAACAGUGACAAUGAUAUUUCUGAAUAUUUACUCGAACAUGGUGCUAAUGUUAAUGCAGAAGAUUAUGACGGGUGGACACUUCUGCGCUUUGCCGUUGAAUAUAGAAAACCUGACGCAAUAAAAUAUUUAAUUAAACAUGAUGCUGAUUUAAAUACGAAGGAUAAUGUUGGGUUGUCAGUUCUGCACUCAGCAGUUGUUCAAGGUGAACUUGACAUUGUUAAAUAUUUAGUCGAACACGGUGCCGACGUGAAUAGCCAAGAUAAUGACGGUUGGCCAGUUUUGCACUCCGCGCUUAAGAAAGGUGAACCUGACAUUUUUAAGUAUUUAGUCAAACAUGGUGCUAAUGUGAAUAAAAAGGAUAAUGUCGGGUUAUCAGUUCUUCACUCUGCAAUCGCUCAUGGGGAACAUAACAUUGUUAAAUAUUUAGUCGAACAUGGUGCCGACGUGAAUAGCAAAGAUAAUGACGGGUGGACAGUUUUGCACUCUGCUGUUAAGAAAGGUGAUAUCGUAAAAUAUUUAGUCGAACACGGUGCUGACGUAAACGGCGUGACAUCUUACGGGAGAACAGUUCUGCAUACAGCUGUUAAAGAACGUAAACUUGAUGUUGUAAAAUAUUUAUCCGAACAUGGUGCUGAUGUGAAUGGCAGCGAUAAUGUUGGGUUCACAGUUCUGCACUCUGCUGUUGAAAAAGGUGAACCUGACAUUGUUAAGUAUUUAGUCGAACAUGGUGCUGAUGUAAAUGGAAACGACAAUGUCGGGCUGUCAGUUCUGCACUCUGCUGUUAUUCAUGGCGAACCUGGCAAUGUGAAAUACUUAGUCGAACAUGGUGCUGAUGUUAAUAGCAAGACCACCUACGGGCGAACAGUUCUGCACACAGCUGUUGGUGAACGUAAACUUGAUAUUGUAAAAAAUUUAGUCGAGCAUGGUGCUGAUGUUACAGUUGAAAGUAAAUUAUUUCUCGUUCGUAAUCUUGGUCUGAAGAUCCUGACUAUGGCCAUUUGUGAAAAUUCUGUUGACUUGGUCAAACUUUUAUUAGAAAGGGACAUCGAUGUUAGAAAUUUUGAUACAUUCUCCGUUGGAGCAACACCAUGGCCAAUGAGUCUUUUAGAAUGGAGUAUCCAUUUUUGUCAUGAUGAGAUCACGUCUAUGCUGAAUAUGUCAGUAAAACAUCGCCGAAAAAUACUGAAAUUAAAAGCAAUGGAUUGCUCCCAGUUAGAGAAGAAAGUACACAUGAAGGCUUUCGCCCCGAAGAAAGAAUUUAAAAUUGGCGAGGGUUGCCUUGGUUCAUGUGUUUAUGUCGGUCUUAUGGAUGAUGGAAGUGGAGUUGCUGUUAAGAGAAUGCCAGUACAGAAGUGUGAAAGAGCAGCGGAAAAUGAAAAGGAAAUAUUGAGUCUCAUAAAUACAGACAAAUCCCCAUUUGUAGUUGGAUAUCGAGAUUUUUACAACGAUGGUAACUUUUUGCAUCUUAUUAUUGAUCUAUGUGAGGGACAUUUAGAAGAGCUUGUUAAUUUUUACGGCAUUGAACAACUACAACAGGGAGGUCCACAAAUGAUCACAGAAAUUCUAUCCGGCCUUGAAUUUCUACAUGCUAGAGGAAUUUUGCAUAGGGACCUGAAACCAUCAAACAUUCUGUUUGAUAUUGAGGGACACAUGAAACUGGCAGACUUUGGAAUGAGCCGGGUUCUAAAGAAAGACGAAACAACUGUUGAAACAGGUGCUAAUGGUACCAUCGGCUGGGUGCCGCCGGAAGUAAUUGAAGCGAGAGAAAGAGAAGAAAAAGGUCGGUUCAAAAGGAAAUCGGAUGUCUAUGUGGCGGGUAUGAUUGCCUUUUUCAUUUUAACUAAAGGCGAACAUCCUUUUGGUCCUAUGUAUGAUAGAAUGAGGAAUAUUGCGAAAGGAAAAUCCGUAAACUUGAAGAAACUUGGUGACCGCAAGGCUCGGAAGUUUGUCUCUUGGCUGAUUGAACAAAAGAUUAAUCAUAGACCACAUGCUAGUGAAGCUUUAAAGGAUCCUUUCUUGCAUAACAAUGAUUUUAAAUUGAUGCCAGAUUUGAGGAAAUAACAAGACUAUUUACUUUUA